AAAAUGUAACACGCUCAACAUCACGUGGGCUGUCACAGUUUAUAGUAGCCUAAGGGGGAAAAAUCAAGACAAGUAUAAGAUGGGUGAGAUGUCUGCAGACGCUGUCACCCUGGAUCUGCUGAGAGAAGCCAGAGAGACGGUGAGAGGCAGCCCCCUGGGUGUCAUCAACACUCCCAUGAUCCCCUGGUGCCAGACGACCCUGCCUCUCGACGUCCGCUGCAACAUCCACAUCAAACUGGAGAACAUGCAGAGAACCGGGUCGUUCAAGAUCAGAGGGGUGGCCAAUCAGUUUGCCAGGAGACAAAAGGGGGGUCAUUUUGUCACUAUGUCUGCUGGGAACUAUGGGAAGUCUUUUGCGUAUGCCUCAAAACACUACGGGUCAAAGGGCAAGGUGGUGAUGCCGGAAACAGCCCCCAUGUCCAGAUCCAUCCUCAUACAGAGUUUCGGGGUGGAGGUGGAGCGAGUUCCCACCUCCUGUCUGAUGAAUGUGGUGAACCGCUGUGUUCAGGAGGACAACAUGACCUUCCUGCACUCCUAUGACGACCUGGAUCUAAUAGCAGGACAUGCGAGUCUAGGUAUGGAGGUGCUGGAGGUGAUGCCCGAGCCUGAUGCGGUGGUGGUGUGCUGCGGCGGAGGGGGGCUGCUGGCCGGUGUAGCCGCUGCCAUCAAACUGUCAGGCUGUGACAAGACCAGAAUCUACGGUGUGGAGCCAGAGGGAGCCUGCACCAUGUACAGGAGUUUCAUUGAGAAGAAGCCAGUGGGCAUGGACACCAAGAGCAUCGCCUCAGGACUUGCACCGCCUUUUGCAGGCACUCUGCCCUUUGAGGUGUGUCAGCGUUACGUGGAGGGGAUCGUCCUGAUGAACGACGAGGAGAUCAAGGCGGCCGUGUCCACCCUCUACAGAUCCGGGCUCGUGGUGGAAGCUUCGGGCUCCGCCGCGUUCGCCGCCGUCGUUAACGACAAGAUACCCGACCUGGAGGGGAAGAACGUGGUGUGCAUCCUCAGCGGAGGGAACAUCGACAAAGACGAGCUCGCCAACUUCCCUGACGACUGACGAAUGUACACCGCUAUAAUGUGACCUGUCUUACUGUAACAAGGACGUGGACAUGAAUCAUGAUGAAACGAGUUUACAUAUGAACUAUAAUGUGAAUUUUAACACUAAUUUUCUAUAACAAAACUCUUGAUAAGCUUUUUAAUUACCUCAAUCUCAAGUAGAUCACUAUACAUUUAAAGUCAAUGUAAUUUUGUUUGUUCCAGUGUGUGGAGCUGCAGUCGGUUUUAAUAAAUACCUCAAUCACAUUUCAUUGA